AAGCCCACCACCAUGGUCUGUUUUUUCUUUCCACGAAGAAGACUUGCGUAGCUUUUCAAUUCUAUUGAUGAACCUUCUCGUUGUGAAAAUAUAAGCAACAUGCACGGUCAGAGUGCACCAUCAUCUCCUGUCUCGACACAUGUCCAGCUCGAUACUCCCUUCAGAGCUCGUCUUGGAAUACGAGACAUCGCGUUUGAGCUCGUACAUUUGGACGGCGGCGACAGUACUAUGCAUUUACGAGUACACGUUGACUUUCUUGACCAUGGAGGUCCCGUUUGUUUGGUUGAAGCCGUGGAACUUAACAUCACUGGUCUAUCUCAUCGGAAGAUACGCCUUUCUGUUCGAAUUUCUGGGUCAAGGGGCCAUAUACUUGGUGCCCGGUAGAUCACAGUCAUUCUGUCACUCGUUCAUGUAUGCUCCGUACACUGCACAGUUCAUCGAGACAUUAUGCACACACUGCCUUUUCGCGCUUCGUGUAUAUGCGCUUUACCAACAGAAAACCUCUAUCAUAGUUGUGCUCGGAGUGAUCAUCGUAGCCGGGCGAGCCCAGUUCAUAGCCUCAUUGUCCAUGCUGACUGGGGUGGCAUCUACGAGCGUUAUCGAGUCUGGGAUACCAAGCUCAGGGUCGAUCUGUGGUGAAAACAUCCCUUCAAACACUUUGUUGCUGAUCUUCACACGGUUACAGACGACCAUCGUGCUCUCUCUACUCAUCUUCGACGCCGUCAUUUUUGGUUUGACGGUCCGAAAGACGUAUCGGCAUGUUAGAGACAUGCGAAGACUGAGGCAGUUAAGCAUUGUUCAGGUCGUGCUGCGUGACGGCGCACUGUACUUCUUGUUUUCAUUGUUGCUGGGCAUCACCGUGACUACAACGCAGGUUUAUUCCAUGUCAAGCACCAACCCAGCCAGGGGGCUGGGAACUAGAUUCUUCCUACUACUCACGCCGCUCUACAACGUCCUGCCCAAUAUACUCGUCAGCCGGCUAUACCUGAACCUCAAGUCGUUCAACAACGCCCCACACCCCGCCGAAGCCGAUCACGAGAAUAAACGCCCGCUUUCUGGCAUCAGGUUCGCUGGCAGUCGGGUGUUGGGAAACAUAGGUGGUCCUCUUCGCACCGCUGUCGAUGACGAAGAUAUCGACCUUGGGAUAAUCGAUGACAUGGACGAUCCUGCUUCGCUAACUAGGAAUACGGUCGACGUCGAAAUGAGAGCUGGCGAGGUCAGAGUAGAGGGUGGCGAUGCUAUCCAUUCGUUUACCUCGGAGGAAGGGAGGCCUAACGACAUAGAUCUGAGAGCGGUGGCGUAA